AUGUUCAUGGAAUGGGAAUUAUCGACGGCUCAAAAGGCGUUUAUAAGCUUAGGGAAUCAUCCAAGAUAUAUAGGAGUAUCUGCUUUGUUUAUUUUGUUAUUUUAUUAUCUUCAUGCUUCUUUUGGACGCGUUGUGUAUUUUACACUAGGCAUUUUUGUUGGCGUUGGUGUCCUGGGGUUGAUCCAAGAAGAUGGAAAUAUUGUCUUGAACAUCAAACAUCCGAAGGUAGAGGGUCCGGCUCAUUAUGUCCCUCAAAGAUUUCCUCAGCACAAACUCCCAAAGGAGUUGGAAGACCCCCUUCUUCUUCUCAUAACGAAACUUACACAUCAUUACAUACACGGUUGGUAUGCACAAGUGAGUAGUGAUAAGGCGUUUGUUUCAGAGGUAGAGAACACCAUUGGGUAUAUCAUGAGAAACUUUUAUUCUUACUUGCGCGCUCAAGAUUCCUCCUACCUGAUUUUUGAGAUGUUAAAAAACGUUUUGAAUACGAUUACGUUUUUGCUUUCCGACUUGAAUAUUUUUUUGAGCAAAAAAAUACCCAUUACGGAAUUUGCUGUUCGUUAUCCCAACUCGGCGGUCGCAAAAAUGCUAGACAAAGCAGCAAACGAACAAGCGUUACGCUCUCAGGCUUCUGCAAUGGUAACAAAGUUCUGCAAACCAGAAGACGCCGCAUGUCUUCCUUUACAUGUUCUAUUGCGGGAAGUUCUCGCUAUGCAAGUUUUUAAAAAAAUCACAACGCAUUGUGCUAAGCCAGUGUUUGUCAAUCGUUGUAUCAUCCUUUUCUUUUCUCCUUCAAAGGAAAAGGAGGAAUGCUUAGGCAGGAAUACGUACAUAAAUCGAUGCCUAUUAAACCAAACACUCAAAGACUCAUCCCCCUUGUCAACCUUACCUAUGGGUGGCAAUCUUCAAACGUCUAGCUCAUAUAAUAGUGCUCUCUUUGAAGCAGAAAUCCAUAUUCAAUAUCGCUCGCUUGAGGCUAAAGAUGUUGUUUUUCCGAUAAAAGAUAAAAAGAAUCUAAAAUUUGUUAUAACGGUACAUCCUUUGCAUUCGGAUAUCCCUCCUUGGAUUAUCUAUCGAACUUAUACUGAUUUCAAAACUCUGUAUAAAGAUUUAAGAAAAGAAUAUCAGCAUGCAGUUGGAAACCCGUUAACGUUUCCUGGAUGGAGAAGCCGAACAUUUAACCAUUUCCAGCAGGAUUUAUCGGUAUUUUUGAAUGGAAUAGUUCAAAAUCCAAAGUUAUCCAAUGAUGCUGUUGUCCGGAAGUUUUUUUGUAAGUCUUUGACUUUUCAACCUUUACCCGAUGAUGUGGUUGAUGGGAUGGAAAAGCAUAGCAAUUCUUCUUUAUCUUCUGUUUCAAAUAAGCUUAUAGAAGUCACAAAGAUUGUAAGCGGAAAAUCUGCGCAUUCAAAAAAUUCGGAAGACUCCUCGAAUACGGAAACUAGUUGGAAUACCAAAUUCGAGAAAAGUAUGCUGGAGGAUACUGACUUGACCAAUAUGCCGUCUAAUGAUCUGUCAUCUAUGGAAAAUGAUAGUCAAUCAUUUGAAAAUAAAAAUGAAGGAAAAAAUGAUUCCAGUUAUUCUUCUGAAAGCAAUCCAUAUAAGGAUGACCCUUCUGCGUUUUGUAUUCAAGAGGAAACUUUAAAAGAAAUUAUUGAUAGUGGUUUUGCUCUUUUUGGUGAGCUUUCUUGCUUAAAUCCUAAAUCUUGGUUUCUUCGACGGACCACUUUAUCUGUAAUGAAGUCAUUACUUGUGUAUGGACCCGUAGACUUUUCUGGGAUAGUGGAAAAGAUGUUGAAAGAUCACGUUUUUGCAAAGCUAUCAAAUCCGCAGCUGCUUGGUGACUUUUUUACUUCGUUAAUUCUCAAUAUAUGGCCUGAAGAAAAAGAAAAAGUACAGGAACAUUUGAGAAAUUUAAGCCGAGAAAGUGCCUCUGAUGAUCAGAAAGGUGCAAGCUGGAAUCCUACUUCAGAAAAUAGAGAUGACGAUGACUUAUAUUUGGAGGAAGCUUUAAAGAACAGUUUAUUUCAUAGCCAUUCAGAAUUUGCAGUACAUCAAGAAAGUGACGAACAGAUGCGGGUUCAAGCCCAAGAACUAUUUCUUAAGAAUGAAUAUGCUGACAAUGCUUCAUUUUUAGGACCCUUCACAUCGGAAGAUAGCCUACGAGUUUUGUUUGACUUGCUUCAAGAAUCUGAUUUAGUUGAGGGAUUUUUGGCACAUGUUCUCAGUAAUGCGCUUCAUAGCAUUAUUUAG